AAUGGAGCUUAUAUCCAUCAAUGUGUCAUAAGGAGAGCCCGUAAUGGGAUCAGUAGGGCUGUCAGCAAUGCUCUUUUGGACAUGUAUGCAAAGUGUGGUGAUAUCGGGUCUGCAAGUCAGUCAUUUACCGAGAUUAGUGAAAGGGACCUUCUGACUUGGAGCAUCAUGAUAUGGGGUUGGACUUUCCAUGGAUCCUUGGAAAAUGCCCUUGAGUGCUUUGAACAGAUGAAGUCUACAGGAAUAAAACCAGAUGGAGCUGUCUUCCUUGCCAUGCUUGCAGCAUUCUCUCACUCGGGACAGGUGGACUCUGGAUUGGAACUAUUCAAUAGCAUGCAGCACGAAUACUUUAUCAAGCCAACAUUGAAACAUUACACAUUAGUCGUGGAUCUGUAUGGGAGAGCAGGAAAGUUAGAUCCCGCUCUACGUUUCUUAGAGUCCAUGCCUAUAAGUCCAGACUUCAUGGUCUGGGGAGCACUCUUUUGUGCCUGCAGGGCCCGCAAGAAUAUUCAAAUGGCUGAGUUGGUCUCCAAGAAGCUCGUGGAGCUUGAGCAUAAGCAUCCUGGGAAAUAUAUCUUCUUGUCGAAUGUCUAUGCCUGUGUUGGGAGAUGGAAAAAUGUGGAUAGAGUUCGGGCUCAUAUGCAGAAUCUGAAGAUUGAAAAAGACCCCGGUUGGAGUUAUAUUGAGGUCAAUGGUCAAAUUCACAGUUUCGUUGCUGGUGAUAGGGCUCAUGAGAAUGUGGAGGAGAUAUACUCUAAGUUGGAGGAGAUAGUAAGUGGUGCGAAAGAACAUGGAUAUAUGCCCGAGACAGAGUCGGUGCUUCACAAUAUUGAGGAGGAAGAGAAGGAAGAGCAUCUAGGGAGUCAUAGUGAGAAAUGGGCCCUUGCCUUUGGGCUUAUUAGAACUCCUCCCGGAAUGUUAAUUAGAAUAAUGAAAAACCUUAGAAUCUGCUCAGAUUCUCGUUCUAUCGUGAAGCAUGCGAGUAAAGUGAGUAAAAGGGAGAUCAUGGUGAGGGAUGUAAGGCGCUUUCAUCAUUUCAAGGAUGGGUGUUGCCCUUGCAGAGAUCAUUGGUAGCAAAGGGAGCAUGAAUUGAUAGAUGAAACCAACAGAGAAAGUAUGAAACCAAAUUUAGACCAAAGUGUUAGAAAAAAGCUCACAUUGCAUCUGGAAGGUCAGUUUACAGCGGAUAUGACAGAAGUGUUAGACAGAAGGCUUUCAGUUCACAUUUUUAGAUCUUAUACCGAGUUCUUUCCUGAUGCAGACAACAGGCUCAUGGCACCUCGUGCAUAGUGGAUUAUAGAGGUCUCAUAAUUGAAAUGAAUUUUGCAAGUCGUGCACCAGUGAAAGGGAAUGCCACUUCAUAAGAACUCAUACCGGGAUAUGCAGCUGCAUUAUAUCAGAGUUAAAUCAAAGAUUGAUGGUAUUGGGGUGAAGAGCCACAUCCUAGGGGUGCUGAAAUUUUUUAACAUCCACAUGUAUUAUACUAUAUUCUAUGCGCCAGCCUUUCUGUUGGCAAGGAAAGUGUUUUCACUGAUCAGAGUCAAGGAAAAAAGACUGGUGGGAAGCAUUUCAAGAAAAUCCUGAUCCUGUUGAGAGCAAGGGAUGCACCCUCAAGAGGCACGAACACACUUGCAAGGUUAUCCAAAAAGGAAAAUUAGAAAAAGUGAGGACACUUGCAGAUGGGAACGCUGUGUCAGACCAUCUCACGUACUCCUCCACUGGUCAAUGCUCAUGAAAUGAAGGAACGAGAGUGUUAAACCCCUUGUUGAAGCUAUUGGACGAGUGGUACGAGGAACGCAUGGUUCCACACUAAUCUGGACAGAGGUUGACAAAGUUCCCCGGAAAGAUGUGACCAGAGAUUCGGUUGAGGACUUGGGUUGCUAAGGUAGAGCCGUUCUGAAGCCUUUUGCCAUAAAGUUUGCAACAGAUAAACCGCCAAUGUCAUUGUAUGAUUUCAAUGAAUAAUCUUUGCUUCAGUGAUCCAAUUUUCGAGUUUCCAUGGUA